AAAUGAUUUUGAUCGUUCGAUCGUUGGAUCGUUGCACCUUGGCGCCAUGCAUCACAGCCAGCAGUUAUUGUGUGUCUAGGUUAACAUUUACUGGAUUUUCAUCAAUUUCAGAUGCUUUAGUACUCAACCAUGGCGAUGAAUAGUUCCGUUGUUGACCGACCGCUUCCAGUGGAUCCAUUCCGCGCCCAAAUGGAAUCUUUAGAAUUAGCUGGUAAAAUGGUGGAGAAAUUCACAGCUCAGGAUAACAAUUUUCCCUUACUUGUUGAUCGUAUGCGUGUCUCUGUACAACAAGGUCCAACGUAUAGCGGUCUCUCAGAAACGGACUAUCCCAACACUGGCAAUGUUUCAAGGAUGAAAUACAUGAAGAAUCUUUCUGUUAUGAAUAAAGUGCCUUUACCGCCCGAAAUACUGGAGCAUUUCAGCCAUUUACAAUGCCACUGUAUGAUGGGAAUCUUCCCAGAAAUCAACCGUGCUUGGCUGACAAUUGACAGCGAUAUUUUCAUAUGGAAUUUCGAACACGGAUCGGAUGUAGCAUACUAUGACGGAUUAUCAGAAACCAUAGUGUCGGUCGGCCUUGUUAAACCAAAACCAGGAGUUUUCAUGAGUUACAUCAAGCGUCUUCUUGUGAUAACAACAGUUGUGGACAUAGUAGUACUAGGAGUUACAUUCAAAAAAGUUCAAGAUGGGGGCGGAGAAACAGAUGAACUGCAUCUGACGCCGGAGAUAAUUUACACACUGCCGGUAGAUGGCGUGAGCAUCACCACCAUUGUUGGCACUGACAAUGGACGCAUCUUCCUUGGCGGAAAAGACGGCAGUGUUUAUGAGAUUAUUUAUCAGAAAGAGCUAGGCUGGUGGGGCAAACGGUGCAAGAAGGUGAACCACUCAACGGGUCUGCUGUCAAUGUUGGUGCCCUCCUUCAUCAACGCGGCGUUCGUUGAGGAGGACGCGGUGGCGCAGAUGUGCGUCGACGCCAGCCGUCACGUGCUCUACACCCUGUCCGAGCGUGGCGUCAUCGAGGUGUUCGACCUGGGCGCAUGUGGCACGUGUACGGCACGUGUCGCCUCGCUCACGCAGGCUGGUAUUGUGCAGGCGGCUAUCAACAUUGUCAGGACGUUCGAUAGUUCAGACUUCCGGCCGAUAGUGAGCAUCAGUGCAAUAGAGGCGUGCGAGUCGGCGCACAUGGGCCUGGUGGCGGUGACAGAGUCGGGCGCACGCCUCUACCUGACAACGGGCGCCCCGGGCGCGCGCCCCUCUACACUGCAGCUCAUGCACGUCCGUCUGCCACCCGGCUUCGUAGCCAAUGCGCCCGCCACGCGCCCCAGCAAGGUGCACAAGGCCAUCUACACGCAGGGCAACCUGUUGCUGGUGACCUCGCCAGGCGGCACCUGUGACAAAGUGUGGUGCCUGUCAGGCGACGCGUUCCCGCUGCAACCUGCGUUGAGCGAGGCGCAGUCCACCGUCACCCUGGACGGACAGGUGUGGGCGGCAGGCGAGGUCUGCCCCCUGCUGCCACCGCCCCCGACACACUCCCAGCCGCCCCUUCUCGUCCGACAGAUCUACGAGCCGGCUCGCCGGUUUGUGCUGCUCACUCCGCAGGGUGCUGAGAUAGUGAAGAAACUGCGUCCGGUGGAUAUGCUGGUGGACCUGCUGACAGACUCGAACGGACCCGACAGCGAACUGGUCAAGUCAUACUUCUCUAGCCAAACCGAACAGCAGGCUGCAGCCACAUGCCUCAUACUGGCAUGCAAUCAGUCCACCAAGAAUGCUCAGAUAGCAGAAUGGGCCACGAGAGCUUUCUUCUUGUAUGGAGGGGAGCCCAGCAUUGGAGCAGUACAGCAUCAUGUUUCUGCUAUGUCCUCACCAAAUUACACCUACUCAUCACUGCCUCCAGGCUUCAACCCAGGUAUCGUUUCGACGCCUGUGAAGUCAGCAUUCUCCUCGCCUCCCGACAACACGACAGUGUACUACUCAGCCAAGCACAACGGCCUCUAUCUGCAUCUCAGCCGGAUACUGAGGCCUCUCUGGGACACCAGGAUAGUGCAGCGUGUCACUAUGAAGGACAAUAACAAUUAUUUGGAAUCCAGUGUUCUUGGUGAAGAAAUUGCAGUGGUCACUAGCCAUCUAUUAGCUUUGAGAUCAUUUCUAGAAAGAAACACGCAGUUUGCCUCUUCGUGUGCGAAUAUGAACGCGAGCGCAUUUGACUCGAUGACGUGGGGCCAACGCAGCCGCCUGCAAGAGGCGCAACUGAUGGAGAAGAGCAGUCUGGACGCACUGCGCAUGCUCGUGGACCACGCAGCCCAGGUGCUUGGUCUGUGGCGAGUCAUGUGCGACCACCAGUUCCACGUGAUCGCCGACGCACUGCCUCGCGAGCAGCAGGAACACAUGACAGUAGCCACGUUCCGGGACCUCAUCCUCGCCGGACAGGAGCUGUGCGACAGUCUCAUCGACAAGCUUAUCAACACCUACCUUAGCGACAACACAUCGGUUGACACCAUCAGUCGAAAGCUGCGGGAGAUCUGUCCGAAGCUGUAUCGAAACGAAGAUGCAGCCUGCACUAAGGUGAACGAGAUGUUGUUAUCGGCUCAGAGCCAGCAGAAUCGGGAUGAGCGUCAGAAGCUGUUGAAAGCCGCGUUGAAGCUUUGCAAGGAAGUGGCGCCGAGGAUCCACUUGAAAGCGGUGUGUCGCCGGUUUGUGGCCUGUCGCUUCUACGAGGGAAUUCUUGAGUUGUGUUUGGAGUGUGCCAGCAAAGCUGACCCCAAAAACAUAGCGCUACACUUCUACCAAGCUGGACAACCGUCUGACGAUCAGGUUGGCUACCAGGCGUUCGCACAACGAAUGGAGAUCUACAAAGAGGUCACGUCAAUACUGGAUCGUCUCCACCAUCAGAGUCAAGCCGGUCCACACUCCCCCAGCGUACCUCCCACACCCGGAAGUCCCCCACCGGUGUCCGACUUCCUUCCGGACUGCGAAGCACACCAGAGUGCAGCACUGCUACAGAACGCGGCUCUGUGUUCGCAGGACGAACUCCUCCACGUAGCUAUCUACGACUGGAUGGUGCAGCAGCGGCUGUUUGGCGACCUGAUAGAGUCAGGUCGGCCCUCGUUGGAGUCCUACCUGAAGCGGUGUGCCACAGAUCGGUCGGACGACACAGACGUAUGCAAUCUGCUGUGGAAGUUCCAUGAACGGAACGGCAACCACGCGGCGGCUGCGCAGAUCUUGUAUUCCCUCGCCAAACAGCCUGGCAGUCCUGCCGUGUCACUCAGCGAGCGCAUGACCUACCUCGCCAAGGCCGUCAUCUGUAUGCGAAGUGAUGACGUUGGAUGCGCCCCUCAUCUGGGUGUUUUCCUGCAUGAACUUGAGGAUCUUGUACAGGUUGCGAGAAUCCAGAAGCGAGUGCUUGACGCAGUGUCGAGCCUGGCGGCGGGCGGAGGCCACCACGAGGCGGCGGCGACUGAGGCGGUCACUCGGCUCAACUCGGCCCUGCUCACCGUCACCGAGCUCUACGAGGAGUUUGCCGAGCCCUUCCAGCUGUGGGACUGCAAGCUGGCCAUUGUCGACUGCUCGGGUCACGACGACCCCGAUCUCAUCAACGACAUCUGGACGCGCAUCAUACAGGCCGAGCUCGACAAGUGCGCAUCCGCCAGCGGCGAUGAUAAGAUGACUGUCGUUCUCAGCAAGGUGAAAUCGCUGGGCCAACAGUACCAGCUUUCUUCGCGCACUCUGCCGCUGGAGCACGUGGUCUGGCACCUGGAGUUGGCCGCGUGUCGGCUGCACGCGUCUCGCGCACUCGUGCACCAGGCCAUGCUCGUCAUAAAUGUGCCGUUUGCGCGCCUACUGCACGUCUACGAGCGCCUGGUCGCACUCAACGACCGCUGCUGGCUUAACGAGGGCGGCGAGCUUUAUCUUAUUGAGGUUGUAGCAUCGCUUGCCAGGACAUUCACAUCAGAUCCAAGGUGCGCAGGACACGGAGGAGAGCGGAAAAAGAUUGCUGUCAGGAUGCAGGAUCUUCUGACCAACUGCCUCAGCACACUUUAUAGCAAACCCAAUACUCAGGAGCUCAUCAACCAGCUCAAAGCUGUUCAGACUGAUCUUAAUCGCAUUUGAUAAUCAAAACAACGAAUCUAGCCUAAUCAUCGAUGUAUCAGUGAACUUUUCAUGGUGAUUUUGUAUGCAAAGGUGUAGUUUAAUAGUGGUAGUUAAUCAAUGGUAGUUUAAUCGAAGUCACCUUUUUAAACUAAUUUGACAGAUUCCCUCAUUCUGAUUUGUUACUACCUUGUUAUCUUCACGUGUCCAUCAUCAUGAUUCAUGUGAUAAGAGUUUUCACAAUUGACGCAUUGUUUAAGGCAUAACCGUUUUCUCCGGGUGUUAAUUAGCUUCUAAAAAUAUUAUUACCAUCAAUUUUCACAAAAAAAGGCUAGUCGCAUAUUGUGACACGACCUUUCACGAGUCUGCUAGAUGAGUUAAUAUCAUAAUAUACGAUCAUAUCAAAAUGUUCACAUUGAGACGAAGCUAGCAAAUGUGAAUUUAUAUGAUCAUAUUAUAUUAACUUAUCUAGCAGACUCGGGACAUGUCGUGUCGCGUCACAUCUCAAUAUGCGACUAGCCUGAUAUGUGUUCGAGUCUUGGAGUGAUGAGACCAACGUAAUUUAUAUCUUGUGAUGGAAUAUAUCACUCUAAGAUGCUUCACAUAUUUUUUAAAUAACAAGGUAGACAUGAUAUGGCAAUGGAUCUAGACUGUUAUAGAAUAACACACACAUAUCCAAAGGUCUUAGUAUAUUAUGAAGUAUAAUAAUUAUUGUAAAACCUUCCAUUGCAAAAAAUCCCAUUUCUGAAAGGUGGAUGCUUUUAGUAAAACCUUCAAGUGAUUGCAAGCAAUAAACACUACUUUUAAAAUUAUUCUUAAUCCAUUUAUUGGUUUUAUAUUGGUUGUUAUUUAGUGUUCACAAAAUGUAAUUGAGAUGUCUAAGUCUGUGUUGAUAUUUACUUUAUGGGAGCCAUGGAAUUUCACCAAAUUGUUAUUAUUGAUCUAUGCUUACUUUUAAUUAGGCAUUUCUGUUCUCUUCAUAACAAUCAUUUAAUCAAAUUAUUAGGAUUGAAAUUGGAGAAAAUACAAUUAAAGAUUACAAAUUGAAUAAAAAUUCAAAAUAAAAAGGAAAGUGACAUAGUUUCUAAGUGCAGUAUGUUUUCAUUUUAUGUUAGUUCCAUAUUUCUGGUCUGAGGAAAAUAGUUUUGUUAUUUGUUGUGUGAAUUGGAAAUCUGAAUGAAUCCGAGUGUAUUAUUGAGUGUAGUGAAUGUUUUAAUAAGCUAUAAGAAUAUGAUAUUAUAAUAUUUUAGAUGAAUUGUGAAAUUUAAUAAAUAAUUUUUUAUUUCCGCAAUAA